AUGGCAGAAGAUAAGGUAUCAGCAGUACUAAAUUGGCCAAAGAUUGACAGCGUCAAAGCACUGCAACGGUUCCUAGGGUUCGCCAACUUCUACUGCCGAUUCAUUCCAGGAUAUUCCAAAGUCACACAACCUUUAUUCGAUCUAUUGCGCCAUCAAUCAACUCUAGAAAUUUUUCAAGACUCGACCACUUUUGGUACAACCUGA